GAGUGAGAAAGAAAGAGAGGAGCUUACUUUUUUCUGUUGAGUCAUAAGAGCCGGCAGGUAAAUCUGCUCCAGUGCAUCCUCGGGCUCUGAGAUGUGCUGAUGGGUGAGGACCACACAGCUCUGAGGGUUUAUUAAGUGGGCCAGUUGCCAUAGCGACGCUUUGGCAGGAUAUUGCCAGGAUAAGCAGUAAUGGGUCUCCUGGCGCAGUUCACCCUACUCUUGUGGAAGAACUUCACUCUCCGGAAAAGACAAAAGGUGCGGCUGGUUGUGGAGGUGCUGUGGCCUCUGUUUCUCUUCUUUAUACUGGUGUGGGUGAGGUCCACCAAUAAACCAACAUACAAAGGCCAAUGUCACUACCCAAAUAAAGCCUUGCCAUCUGCUGGCGUGCUGCCCUGGCUCCAAGGUAUGAUGUGUAACAUCGACAACCCUUGUUUGAACUAUCCAACUCCAGGGGAGACGCCGGGCCAAGUCAAUAACUUCAACAACUCCAUACUUGCUGGGAUAUUAGUGGAGCUGCAGACCACCCUGGUGAACAGAUCUAUUCUCAGUAGAGCACAGUCGCUAGCAGAUGACGUGGACCAGUGGACUUCAGUGCUGUCAGGGACAAACCCUGGUUUUAAUAAUUUAAAUGGUCAACCAGUCAUCCUAAGGAAUAUCCUCAGAGAAAAUGAAAAGUUCUCUGCAUACUUGACAGAGGAUUUAUCUGUUCCACCAACAGUCGUCAAAAGCCUAAUGAAUGCCGAGGUCCAGUUCAGUCCAGUGAUGGGCAUCCAGAGUCCAGGCAAUCUGAGGAGCACACUGUGCGAGGGGACAGAACUGGAUGAGUAUAUCCAAUUUAGCAGCCAGGCUGAGAGAGCAGCUUUUCAAAAUGUCAGCUGUUCCCUCACUCCACAGCAGCUGAUUAACACCCAGCAAGUCCUUCUGCAAAACCUGGAUGCAAGAAAAGUGUUUUCUGAGCUACCUGCAGCUCUGGACUUGAAUGCAACCGACACAUUGGCCCUGAUAAGGAAAACCUCUCUAGAUGCAUUACCAAUUAUUGAAGAGAUGAACAGGUUGCAGAACUCCGUGGUCUUCAAGGCUGCUGGUUCCUUGGAUUUCCAAGAGGAUAUGUUUGGAAGUGUCAACAUGCUGCUGUGCGGAAAGCAGGCGAGCUUCAAUUCCACCAAUAUGACCCUCAGUUUACCUUCACCUAGACAGAUGGCAAACAACGAGUCAAUUUCCAUUAUGGGCAACAGUUCCGAUGCUUUUUGUCAGACUCUUGUCGAGACCCUGGAGGGCACACCUGGUCUGCGCUACAUUUGGAGCACCUUCAAACCAUUACUGCAAGGAAAGGUCCUCUACGCACCUGAUACACCUGCUGCUCGCCUCCUGGUGAAAGAAGCAAAUAGCACAUUCAACUCCCUGGCUAUGUUAAAGGAGCUCGCUGAUUCCUGGGGUGAACUCGGGCCACGUGUUUGGGAUUUCUUUCAAAACAGUCCUCAAGUCAAUGCAAUAAGGGCUUUGCUGGCGAAUCCCGUGUUCGCUGCCACCGUCAAUCAGCGUCUCGAUGGCACAGGAUGGACAGCCGCGCUGCUGGCCAACUUCCUGUACAACGGGCCUCCAGAAGACCGCCCGCCUGGAAUGCCACCUAACGACUGGCGGGAUGUUUACAACGCCACUACAGAGAUCCUGAAGCUCCUCUCCAAAUUCCUUGGCUGCUUGGAUCUGAACAAGUUUGAGGCAGCUCCAACUGAAGGCCACCUGGUGAAUCAAGCCUUGGAGCAUCUGAAAAAUGAUACGUUCUGGGCUGCCAUUGUCUUUAAUGACCUCGAGUCAAACUCCAGCAAGAUCCCACCCUACGUUAAGUACAAAAUACGCAUGGACAUUGAUGACGUGGAGCUUACCAACAAACUGAAAUCCAGGUCAUGGUCUCCUGGAGCCAGAGACAACCCCUUUAACGACCUGCGGUAUAUAUUGGGAGGAUUCACCUACCUACAGGACAUGAUGGACCACGCCAUUAUACGACUGCACACAUUAAAGACCCAACCACUUGGUGUUUUUGUCCAGCAAAUGCCAUAUCCUUGCUAUGUGGAUGACGCCUUCAUACAGAGUAUUGGAAGCAUCCUCCCCAUGUUCCUGGUGCUGGCUUUCAUGUACUCUGUGUGCAUGACCAUCAAAGGCCUGGUGUGGGAGAAGGAGCUCCGGCUCAAGGAAGUGCUUCGCGCCGUUGGCAUUCAGAACGGCGCCCUCUGGUCGGCAAGGUUCAUCGAGAACAUUGUUCUGCUCACGGUUCCUUGUGUGCUUAUAAGUGUCAUGGUUAAGUAUGGCAAAGUCCUACAAUACAGCGACCCCUCCGUUAUCUUUGUCUUCCUCCUGGUGUUCUGCCUCACCACCAUCUCUCAGUGCUUCCUGAUUAGCGUCUUCUUCUCCAAGGCCAACUUAGCAGCGGCGUGCGGCGGCCUCAUCUACUUUCUCCUCUACCUACCGCACGUCCUCUGCUACGCCUGGAGGGACGUCAUGGGUUUUGGGACCAAGGUUGCUGUGAGUUUAUUGUCCUGUGUGGCCUUCGGCUUUGGCUGCGAGAACUUUUCCAAGUACGAGGAGCAAGGCAUCGGUAUUCAGUGGCACAACAUUGGCAAAAGUCCAGAGGAGGGCGAGCCCUACACCUUCAUCGUGUCCAUCGUCAUCAUGCUCUUCGAUGCUGCCUUUUAUUGGGUCCUCACAUGGUACAUUGAAAAUGUCUUUCCAGGCCAGUAUGGAAUUCCUAAGCCGUGGUACUUCCCUUUCACUUCCGCUUAUUGGUGUGGAAGAGAACCAGCUACUGAAGAAAACCCCGACCUGCUGAAAGACUCCAGUGCACAAAAUGAAUAUCUGGAGAAGCCACCACCCAAUAUGAAAGCAGGGGUCUCCAUUCGUAACCUCGUCAAAAUCUACAAGACCGGGAAGAAGCUUGCAGUGGACGGACUAAGCGUGGACUUCUACGAGAGUCAGAUCACAUCUUUUCUUGGCCACAACGGAGCAGGAAAAACAACUACAAUGUCCAUUCUGACCGGACUGUUCCCGCCUUCAUCAGGAACUGCGUUCAUCAACGGAUAUGACAUACGCACUGACAUGGAUCACAUCCGGAAGUACUUGGGCAUGUGUCCGCAGCAUAAUGUCUUAUUUGAUGAGCUGACUGUGGAGGAACACAUUUAUUUCUAUGCACGGCUGAAGGGAUGCAGUCGCAGCGAGGUUGCAUCUCAGAUGGACCAGAUGAUUAAAGAUGUUGGUUUACCGCAUAAGCGGAAAGAUCUUGCCAAAAACCUGUCAGGUGGCAUGCAAAGAAAGCUGUCCGUGGCUAUAGCCUUCGUCGGAGGUUCAAAAAUCGUUAUCUUAGACGAGCCUACAGCAGGAGUGGACCCGUACGCCCGCAGGGGCAUCUGGGAACUACUGUUAAAGUACAAACAAGGUCGCACCAUCAUUUUGUCCACACACCACAUGGACGAGGCAGACAUCUUAGGCGACCGCAUCGCCAUCAUCUCCCACGGCAAGAUGCGUUGCUGCGGCUCCUCGCUCUUCCUGAAGAAAUGUUUUGGGAGCGGCUACUAUCUUACUCUGGUCAGAGAUGGGACCAAAAAGAUGAUGGCUCAGAGGAAUGGUAUGAUACGCAGUCAGGCCAAAGACAAACAACCGGAGACAGGCCGUCCUUCCAGAAGCGGCGCAGACGAUGGCAUCGCCAGUAAAACCUGCGACAGCUCUGACACAACAGAUUUAAACUCUUUGACUGAACUUGUGGAGUGCCAUGUCCCUGAGGCGAUCUUCUUGGAGAGCAUCGGUCAGGAGAUCACUUACAUCCUGCCCUAUGGAGGAGCCAGAGAUGGGACCUUUGCUACGCUCUUUCAGAAGCUUGACCUGGUCAUGGCUGACCUCGGCCUGACCAGCUAUGGUAUCUCUGACACCACGCUGGAGGAGAUAUUUCUUAAAGUGGCAGAGGAUACUGGCGUGGAUGCUGAAAUACCACCACCGGAGCUGUUGGUGAGAGACGGCAGAAGAAGCUCCAGCGAAUCCAAGAGGAACAGCAUUGCCAGCGUCCACAGCAAAACAGAGCACAUCAAUGGGAUGAGUGGGAAGCAUUCAGGUAAAGUGGAAGACUUGAGGAAGCCCACGAGUGUAAGCGGAAGAGGUUCCAUGGUCAUCACCGGAUGGGAGCUGAUCCGACGGCAGUUCCUGGCACUUUUUAUCAAGCGCUUCCACCACGCCCGAAGGAGCCGCAAGGGACUCAUUGCCCAGGUGGUCUUGCCAGCCAUUUUUGUGUGCCUAUCACUGAUCUUCUCCCUCAUCCUUCCACCGUUUGCUGAAUAUCCAAGUCUGGAGCUGCAGCCGUGGAUGUAUGGCCUGCCUCAAACCACCUUCUAUAGCAAUGAUAUGCCAGUAAAUGUGGAAGUGUCGCGGGUGGUGGAAACGCUGCUGAAUAACCCCGGCUUUGGGACACGCUGCAUGGACGGAGACCCUUUACCGGAUUUACCAUGUUCGUCCAGUGGCUCUGAUUGGUUCAGUCCCCCUGUGGAUCAGUCAGUCGCUGACAUCUUCCUCAAUGGCAACUGGAGCAUGUCGAACCCGUCCCCGCCCUGUCAGUGCAGCACCCCAAAACGGACCAUCAUGUUACCCGACUGUCCGCCUGGUGCAGGAGGUCUUCCUCCACCACAGAGAAUACAGAACACAACAGACACAUUGCUGAAUUUAACAGGAAGAAACAUGACGGAUUUCCUGGUCAAGACAUUUGAGCACUUUGGAAAAGAAAGGUACGGAGGGAUCUCCGUCGGAGCGAUCAACUCACAAGUCCGUUUAACAGAUGCAGCAAUCGAAGAGGCAUUCAGGGAUUUGAAAGACCUUUUCAGUUCAAGUCAGGAUAAUGUGACUGAUCAGACGUUGCAGAAGGCUGAGACGCUGCUGAAGAAGCUGGGAACCAGGGACAACGCCAAGGUUUGGUUCUACAACCAGGCGCGGCAUGCCAUGGUUUCCUUCCUCAGCGUGGUCAACAACGGCAUCCUGAGAGGAAAUCUGCCAGUGGGACAGGAUCCACGGAAGUACGGCAUCUCCGUCUCUAACCACCCCCUCAACCUGACCAAGGCACAGCUCUCCUACGUGGCCAUGGCCACAACCUCCACUGACGUGGUGGUGUCCAUCUGCGUUAUAUUUGCCAUGUCCUUCAUCCCUGCCAGCUUUGUCCUCUUCCUCAUCCAAGAAAGGGUGAGCAAAGCCAAGCACCUGCAAUUUGUCAGCGGAGUAAACCCAGCUGUCUACUGGUUGGCCAGCUUUGCCUGGGACAUGUGUAACUACAUCAUCCCCUCCAUGAUUGUGAUCUUGAUAUUCCUCUGCUUUCAACAAAAAGCCUAUGUUUCCCCUCCUAACCUGCCCGCCUUGGUUCUGCUGCUUAUUUUCUACGGGUGGGCUAUCACUCCCAUGAUGUACCCUGCUUCCUUCAUCUUCAGUGUGCCAAGCACAGCUUACGUGGUGCUGACUUGCAUCAACCUCUUCAUUGGUAUUAAUGGCAGCGUGGCCACGUUUGUCAUGGAGCUCUUUGAUGAUGAUAACGUCUCCAACAUCAACGACAUCGUGAAGCAGGUGCUGCUGGUAUUCCCACAUUUCUGUCUGGGCAGAGGGCUAAUUGACAUGGCCAAGAACCAGGCGAUGGCAACGCUCUUCAGCAGCUUCGGGGAGGACCGUUUUGAGGACCCGCUGAGCUGGGACAUGGUGGGAAAGAACCUCUGCGCCAUGUCCAUCCAGGGAUUCGUCAUGUUUGCGUUUACAAUCCUCAUCCAGUACAAGUUCUUCUGCAAACCAAGGCUCAUUUCAGCAAAAUCGUUGUCUGCGGAAGAAGAGGAUGUGGAUGUGGCGCGGGAACGUGAGCGAGUGUACGGAGGCAAAGCUCAGAAUGACCUGCUGAGGAUCUGUGACCUCACUAAGGUAUACCCUGGGAAGAGCGCCCCUGCUGUGGACAGGCUCUGUGUGGGCGUACCUGCUGCAGAGUGUUUCGGCUUACUGGGGAUCAAUGGAGCUGGGAAAACAACCACGUUCAAGAUGCUGACAGGAGACAUCCCAGUCUCCAACGGGGAGGCCUUUCUAAAUGGAUACAGCAUUCGAACAGAAAUGAGGGAUGUUCACCAGAACACGGGCUAUUGUCCACAGUUUGAUGCUAUUGAUGACCUGCUGACUGGACGGGAGCAUCUGGAGUUUUAUGCCCGACUAAGAGGAGUACCAGAAAAAGAGGUUGCUAUGGUGGCUGAGUGGGGGAUCCAAAAGUUGGGGCUGGUCAAAUAUGGCAGCAAGUCGGCAGGAACCUACAGCGGUGGGAACAAACGCAAACUAUCCACAGCGAUCUCCCUGAUCGGAUCUCCCCCAGUGGUUUUCCUGGAUGAGCCAACCACCGGGAUGGACCCCAAAGCCCGACGCUUCCUGUGGGACUGCAUCCUGAGUGUCAUCAAAGAGGGGCGCUCAGUCAUUCUCACAUCACAUAGUAUGGAGGAGUGUGAAGCGCUGUGCACUCGCAUGGCCAUCAUGGUAAACGGCCGCUUCAAGUGCCUUGGCAGCAUCCAGCAUCUGAAGUACAGAUUUGGUGAUGGCUAUACGGUGACUGUGAGAGUCGGUGGUGCGUCUCCUGAGCUGAAGCCUGUGGAGGAUUUCGUCCAGCAGUCGUUCCCAGGCAGCGUUCUCAAGGAGAAGCACCACAACACCCUGCACUACCAGCUCCCACACGCAGAGGGAGCCUUGGCCCAGAUCUUCAGCCAGUUCACCUCCCACCAGCAGAGGCUGGGCGUGGAGGACUACUCCGUUUCCCAGACCACUCUGGAUCAGGUCUUUGUGAAUUUUGCGAGACAUCAACAUGGGGAAGACGACUCUCGGGCCCACGACAACCCAGUGGACAUUUCGGAUGAGCUGUCUCUAAAGUCGGUGAAGACCUCCCUAGAAGCAAAGAAGGUGUAAUGGAAAGAUCAAUUCAAUGCACUCGCGGUGGCCCGGGAAUAUAUCUUGAAAUGAAUUCUGCAUGACUGUAAGUUUUCAGCAGCAGCUAUGCAUUCCUAGCCUUAACCUAUUUCACUGAGAUUGUCACACCUACUGUGCCUUGAUUGGUGUUCAGAACGUGUCAAACCAAAAAGCCAAGCGAAACACACCAAUACCAGAGUAGCAAAGCCGUCUGGGAGAGAAGCUUCAUCCUGCCAAAGCUGGCACGUCUCUUGUGCUGAGUUUGCUUCUCCAGGCCUCCGAGGUCGAUCCCAGAUGCAGCGUAGAUGUCGCAGCACUUCUCAAGGGCCGUGUCCAGAGGUACGUGUCUAUAAAAUAAAUAAAGAGCAAGUCAGCACUAGGAUCAAGCAAAAACCAAAUGGAUUUCAACAAAUACACAUAAACAACAAUUACAUCUACUUGUAAUUGUUAUCAAAUCAUAGCCGUAUGAAAAUAAAUGCUGCUUUAUUUCUCUAAGGUUUAACAACAGAGACAUCAGUUGAGUUUACUAUUUUAUUUUAUUUUAUUUGCAUUUAUGUUGCUGAUCUUUGUAUGCCACAGUUUGAGUGCACAGGCCAAAUCGCGCCAGAUGAGCAUUAUAUUUUGCACAGCACCGAGAAUACCUCAGGCUUGGUUUUCAAACUGAACAAUAUUUUAUUUAAUGAGGGUUUUUCUUUGCAUUUGCUUUUGCUACUAAUUAUAUUGAUGAUGUACCAAUAAACAAAUAUUUAAGAAUCAUUUGAUCAUACAUAUGUUUUUAUUUUGGCAGAAUGACUUCUAAUUGUAUAUGAAUAUGUUCACAUUGUACCAUUUCUUUUAUUGCUUUGCCCUGUGAAUUAUAUCUGUUGUAUUGAUCAGUCUCUCUCUUGUCUUUCUGUGAUACUAGAUGUGUUAAUAUCAACGCUAGAGUCAAUCUAUAACGCCCUCAGUUGCUUGCAAAGAAAACAGAGCACUCCCUGCCAUGCCAAGAAUGCAAUUAAGGCAAAACAUUUUAAAAGGCUUCUUUUUUUUGGCCCUCUAAACAAAUAUCUCACUACCAAGCCCAUAUAUGAUCCCCCGGAGUAACACAUGUUAUUUGAAAUGUACUGUAUAUGUGAAGGCUAUGAGAUAAAAGAGAAAUGAUGUUUCAUGUCCAGGCUUGAAUAUUUUUGCAGCAAAAAAAGAAAUCUGUUAAUGAUGCAAAAACCAAGUAUCAUUUAAUUGGACCUAACUGCUUAAAGUGGAGUCUUACCACAUGACGGAUGUACUUUACAUUAAUACCACUGAUAGAUUUACCAUUAACAUUAAUACAUUUUUAGUUUCUAAAUCUGAUUUUCUUUUUUUGGGGAAAAAAAGUCCUUUUUAGUUCUUUCACAUUGGUUCAUUCUGCCAGACACUUGGCGAGAUGUUUUUUAAUGCCUUACUUCAAAGUAACUGCAUGUUUUAUACAAUUUUUGACAGAUUAAGUCGUAUUUAAAUCCCAACAAUAGCUCUUGAUAUAAACCACUUAUAUCAUUGAAUGCUACACAGCACUUGACUCGACACUUCUGAACAAUGUUCUUCUUUUUAUGUGUGGGAUUAAAUUAGUAUAUUCAUCUGAAAUGUAAAAAUAUGCCAUGAAAAGCUGCACAAACUACAUUCAAGACUGCGUAGGGCCUUUAGGGGAUACUGAAGAAACAGUGUCUCGCAUCACUUUUAUGUACAGAAUCAGAAAUAUUACCUGCUUAUAUGAAGAGUUAUUUAUUAACACACUUAUGGUUUGGUUUGGUUUAUUGUCUGUACUGUACAACAGCGUCUGGUGCUGCUUGGUACUAUGUCUUUUUAAAAUUCUUAAUAAAUGUUUAAUAUUCUUGUCGCAUA